GCACGGCAGCCAUGCAGGCAAUCCGAAUGUCUCCCAAGUGCGCCUUUCUGCUGUUCUGGUUGGUGGUCACGGUCAAGUGUGACGAGGUGCUGGUGGCCGUGCGGGAGGGCGUACUGAGAGGCAGCACAGCCACGAGCGCCUACAACACGACGUACUCCGCCUUCCUGGGCAUUCCGUACGCCGAGCCGCCGGUCGGAGACCUGCGCUUCGAGGCGCCACGACCAGUAGCGGCCUGGGAGGGCGUGUUCAACGCCACAGAAUACGGCAGCGACUGCGUGCAAGAGGACGGCACCGGAUCUGAGGACUGCCUCUACCUGAACGUGUAUGUGCCCGGUGUUCCGGAGGAGGGCGCAGGGCUGCCCGUCAUGUUCUGGGUGCACGGCGGAGGCUUCUCACACGGCAGCGGUGCAGGUCUAAAGUUCGGGCCUGACUUUCUCGUCUCGUAUGGAGUCAUACUGGUCACUGUCAACUACCGAUUGGGUCCGCUCGGCUUCCUGAGCACAGGUGACGAGGUUGUUCCUGGCAACGCGGGCCUCAAGGACCAGCAGCUGGGGCUCACCUGGGUGCAGAGGAACAUCGCCAGCUUCGGCGGGGAUCCACAGCUUGUGACACUCUUCGGUCAGAGCGCUGGAGGGGUCUCUGUUUCACUGCAUCUCAUGUCGCCUGGGUCUGCAGGUCUGUUCUCGCGGCUGGUGGACCAGAGCGGCACCUUCGUAGCUGGCAUGUCCGUGGUACGGAAUCCCCGGUACCACGCCUUCAGAUUGGGCUCCGUACUCGGCUACGAAGCUGAAAACGCACAGGAGCUGGUGCAGUUCUUACGCUCUGUAAAUGCCACUGACCUCCUAGUGGAUACGUCGCUCUUAAUGACAGAUGAGCAAAAUCUCUACUUCUCAUACAGCGUAUGGGCACCUAACACCGAACCAGACAUUGAGGAUGCAUUCAUAUCAGAGUCUCCUAUUCGUGCUGUGAAUGAAGGUCGCUUUAACCAGGUGCCCAUCAUGACUGGCGUGACCUCCGCUGAGACAGGUGCUGAUAUUGUAAAUAAGUCAGACCUUGUAACUAACCUCAAUAAAACAUUUGAAAAAGUAGUGGGACCUUGUCUACAUUUGCCGACGAUAGAAGAGCAGACUCAUGCAGCAGAGAAGCUUAGGAAUUUCUAUUUUGGAAACGAAAUUAUCUCUGCCGAUUAUCCGGAACCUUUGGUUCAUCUUGACGUAGAUUUAAAUUUCUUCAACCCCACCGAUGCGCUGGUCAGAAGGAUAACUGAAAUAACUAACGUAUCAGUCUACUACUACGAGUUCGACUAUCAUUCAGAUGACACCUUCGUGAAUGAAUUUGGAGUUGGACAUGGCGGUGAACUACAAUUCCUCUUCCUGCGGAGAGAUCUAGACAUUAGUUAUAAUCUGGAUCCAGAAUCAGAAGAGGAUCAAGUACGAAGAAACAUUCUGCGCCUCUGGACCAACUUUGCGAAAUACGGAAACCCGACACCAGUUGCAGAUCCUGUGGUCUGGGAGCCCUACGACAUGACGAGGAGGAGCUACCUUCUGAUACAAGCCAACAUCACGCUCGGUCACAACAAGGACAAGGACCGCAUGGACUUCUGGGACGAGAAUGUACCGCUGCAACCGUUCCCUGGAACAUAG